AUGAAAAUGGAGGAAAUGACUUUUUCGGGCCUGGAUAACAGCAAGUUAGAGGCUUUGGCUCAUGAUAUUUAUACUGACCUGAUUGAGGAUACUUGCCUGGGCUUGUGCUUUGAGGUACACCGGGCUGUCAAAUGUGGUUACUUCUUUCUGGAUGAUACAGACCCUGAUAGUAUGAAGGAGUUUGAAAUUGUGGAUCAACCAGGGCUGGAUAUUUUUGGCCAGGUCUAUAACCAGUGGAAGACUAAGGAAUGUGUGUGCCCAAACUGUAGCCGAAGCAUUGCUGCCUCCCGCUUUGCCCCUCACUUGGAGAAGUGCCUUGGUAUGGGUCGGAACAGCAGCCGCAUUGCCAAUAGGAGGAUAGCAAGUAGUAACAACAUGAACAAAUCUGAGAGUGAUCAAGAGGACAAUGAUGACAUAAAUGAUAAUGACUGGUCAUAUGGAUCUGAGAAGAAAACAAAGAAGAGGAAAUCGGAUAAGAAUCCCAAUUCUCCCCGAAGAUCCAAGUCCCUGAAACAUAAAAAUGGGGAGCUGAGUGGCAACUCAGACCCAUUUAAGUAUAACAAUUCUGCUGGAAUCAGCUAUGAAAGUCUGGGCCCUGAGGAGCUCCGUACUUUGCUAACUACACAAUGCGGGGUGAUCUCUGAACACACUAAGAAGAUGUGUACACGGUCUCUUCGCUGCCCCCAGCACACUGAUGAACAGCGGAAGUCAGUCAGGAUCUACCUCCUGGGAUCCUCUGCCUCACUUCCCGAGACAGAAAGCAAUGUGGAAAAUGAUAGCUUUGAUGCAAUAGAGUGUCCAGCCCUCAUGAGUCGGCUUCAAUGGGAUGGUUCUUCAGCUAUCUCUCCCUCUGAUUCAGCUUCAUCAAAAGCAAGUACAAACAACGAGUCUCGAAAAACCAAAAAGAAGAAACCACACAUGAGCCUGGUUGGAGGUGCUCCAGGAAUGAGCUCCAAUAAGAAGAAACUGAAGCCUAAACCACUUGCCCCUCCUACCCCCAGCCUCUAUGAUGACAUCAAUUGA